AUGGGGGACCCAGUCUCUGGCCCCUUGCAGAUGGAGCCCACUGAGUCUUUCUACUAUGACUACGAGCCCCCCUAUUAUGAUGAGAUGACUACGGGGACGACCCCUGAUUAUCAGCGGUCUUGGAGCCCCAACCACAGGGCUUCCCCUUCCCCCAGGGGGCGCUGGACCCCUCCCCGAAAACCUACCCCACCUGCCAAGAGGUCAGCAGCCCGGCAGGCACCCCCCUCGCCAGGCCGGAGGCCCACCCGAGUUGGGGGCUCUGGCGCAGCACGGGGCCAGCCUCCCCCCUCCCAGCGCCCAUCUCAGCAGGCAGCUCCCCUCGCUGCCCAGGGCCCCUCCAGGACCAGAGGCAGUGGUUACCAGCAGGACCUUAUCCCAGGUGAAGAGGAAGGAAUGCUGGAGUCAAGCCCCUUGCCACCCCCUGAGGAGGGAAAACCUCAUCUCAGCCCUAAUGCCACCAUCUACCCUCUUCCCACCCUACCCCUGGGGAAGGAGCAGACAGAUCUCCAGGUACCCCCAACAGCUGACAGAUUCUUGGCAGAAGAACUUGGGGAGGGUGGCACAGACGCCCCAGAAGGGCCCUACGAUUACGCCUAUGGCUAUGGGGACGAUUAUCGUGAGGAGACCGAGCUUGGCCCUGCCCUCUCUGCGGAGACAACCCACUCAGGAGCCGCUGCCCGUGGACCCCGGGGGCUGAAGGGAGAGAAGGGGGAGCCUGCAGUGCUAGAGCCUGGUAUGCUAGUAGAGGGGCCACCUGGUCCAGAAGGCCCUGCGGGAUUGACUGGUCCCCCUGGCAUCCAGGGAAACCCAGGCCCAGUUGGAGACCCUGGAGAGAGGGGCCCCCCUGGCCGAGCAGGGCUUCCUGGCUCAGAUGGGGCCCCUGGUCCUCCUGGCACAUCCCUCAUGCUCCCAUUCCGGUUUGGCAGUGGUGGGGGUGACAAAGGCCCUGUGGUGGCAGCCCAGGAGGCUCAGGCCCAGGCAAUCCUGCAGCAGGCGCGGCUGGCGCUCCGUGGGCCUCCUGGCCCCAUGGGAUACACAGGCCGCCCUGGACCUUUGGGACAACCUGGAAGCCCUGGCCUAAAAGGAGAAUCUGGAGACCUAGGACCUCAGGGCCCCAGAGGACCUCAGGGCCUUUCAGGCCCUCCUGGCAAGGCUGGGCGAAGAGGCCGAGCAGGUGCAGAUGGAGCCCGAGGAAUGCCUGGAGAACCUGGAGUGAAGGGUGACCGAGGUUUUGAUGGACUCCCAGGGCUGCCUGGGGAGAAGGGACAUAGGGGUGAGACUGGUGCCCAGGGCCUUGCUGGGCCUCCUGGCGAGGAUGGAGAGAGGGGAGAUGAUGGGGAGAUUGGGCCUCGGGGACUGCCUGGAGAGUCGGGGCCUCGAGGUCUCCUUGGCCCCAAAGGCCCACCUGGUGUUCCUGGACCCCCGGGAGUCCGAGGCAUGGAUGGUCCCCAUGGCCCCAAAGGGAGCUUGGGACCUCAGGGAGAGCCAGGACCUCCUGGACAACAGGGCACUCCUGGGACCCAAGGUCUCCCCGGGCCUCAGGGUGCCAUUGGCCCCCAUGGAGAGAAGGGUCCUCGAGGGAAACCAGGGCUACCUGGCAUGCCUGGCUCAGAUGGACCCCCGGGCCACCCUGGGAAGGAAGGCCCUCCUGGAACCAAAGGAAACCAGGGUCCAUCUGGACCUCAGGGUCCUCUAGGAUACCCAGGACCUCGAGGUGUCAAGGGUGUGGAUGGAAUUCGGGGUCUGAAGGGUCAUAAGGGUGAAAAGGGCGAGGAUGGCUUUCCUGGGUUCAAAGGUGACAUGGGCGUGAAAGGUGACAGGGGUGAGGUUGGAGUCCCUGGUUCCAGGGGAGAGGAUGGCCCCGAGGGCCCGAAGGGACGCACUGGACCCACCGGAGACCCUGGGCCCCCUGGGCUCAUGGGUGAGAAGGGCAAGCUGGGCAUUCCUGGUCUGCCUGGCUACCCUGGACGCCAGGGUCCCAAGGGAUCCCUGGGAUUCCCCGGUUUUCCUGGAGCCAGUGGAGAGAAGGGAGCCCGGGGCCUGUCAGGGAAAUCAGGGCCGCGGGGAGAACGAGGCCCCACAGGUCCUCGGGGUCAGCGAGGGCCCAGAGGAGCCACUGGGAAGUCUGGAGCGAAGGGAACAUCAGGCGGUGAUGGCCCCCACGGCCCUCCCGGAGAGAGGGGUCUCCCUGGACCUCAGGGCCCCAGUGGAUUUCCUGGCCCCAAAGGACCCCCGGGCCCCUCUGGGAAGGACGGGUUGCCGGGACACCCAGGCCAGCGAGGCGAAGUGGGUUUCCAGGGGAAGACUGGCCCCCCUGGCCCCCCAGGGGUCGUGGGACCUCAGGGAGCAGCAGGAGAAAGUGGACCCAUGGGGGAGAGAGGCCACCCAGGCCCCCCAGGGCCCCCUGGGGAGCAGGGGCUGCCUGGGACAUCUGGAAAGGAAGGAACAAAGGGAGAUCCUGGUCCGCCGGGGGCCCCAGGGAAGGAUGGUCCCGCUGGUCUGAGGGGCUUCCCAGGAGAAAGAGGCCUCCCAGGCACUGCUGGUGGACCUGGUUUGAAGGGGAAUGAAGGUCCAGCCGGUCCUCCUGGCCCUGCAGGCUCCCCUGGGGAACGAGGUGCAGCAGGAUCAGGGGGACCCAUUGGCCCCCCAGGACGCCCAGGACCACAGGGCCCCCCUGGAGCAGCAGGAGAGAAAGGUGUCCCGGGUGAGAAGGGCCCCAUUGGUCCUACUGGUCGUGAUGGGGUCCAGGGUCCUGUGGGGCUUCCUGGUCCUGCUGGACCCCCAGGUGUGGCUGGUGAGGAUGGAGACAAGGGUGAGGUGGGAGACCCUGGACAGAAGGGCACCAAAGGGAACAAGGGUGAACACGGCCCUCCUGGACCUCCUGGACCCAUUGGUCCUGUGGGGCAGCCUGGCACAGCGGGAGCAGAUGGGGAACCUGGAGCUCGGGGACCCCAGGGACACUUUGGAGCCAAAGGUGAUGAAGGAACAAGAGGAUUCAAUGGGCCUCCAGGACCCAUUGGCCUACAGGGUUUGCCAGGCCCCUCUGGGGAGAAGGGAGAAACUGGAGACGUGGGCCCUAUGGGACCGCCUGGCCCCCCAGGACCUCGAGGCCCAGCUGGACCCAAUGGAGCUGAUGGUCCACAAGGUCCCCCAGGAGGUGUUGGGAACCUGGGUCCCCCUGGAGAGAAGGGGGAGCCAGGAGAGCCAGGAUCCCCAGGGGUCCAGGGUGAGCCAGGUGUCAAGGGUCCACGUGGGGACCGUGGGGAGAAAGGAGAGUCUGGACAGCCGGGUGAGGCAGGGCCACCAGGGCCUAAAGGCCCCACCGGCGAUGACGGCCCCAAAGGGAACCCUGGUCCUGUUGGUUUUCCUGGUGACCCUGGCCCCCCUGGAGAAGGUGGCCCUCGGGGCCAGGAUGGUGCUAAAGGUGACCAUGGAGAGGAUGGCGAGCCAGGACAGCCUGGAUCCCCUGGUCCCACUGGGGAGAAUGGACCUCCUGGACCACUUGGAAAGCGGGGUCCUGCUGGCACACCUGGUCCUGAGGGGCGACAAGGAGAGAAGGGAGCCAAGGGAGACCCUGGUGCUGUGGGUGCCCCAGGGAAGACAGGUGCUGUGGGUCCUGCAGGCCCUGCAGGAAAGCCUGGCCCUGAUGGUCUGAGAGGGCUCCCAGGCUCAGUGGGUCAACAAGGCCGCCCCGGAGCCACAGGCCAGGCCGGGCCUCCAGGUCCUGUGGGACCCCCUGGGCUUCCUGGCCUCCAAGGUGAUGCUGGAGCCAAGGGAGAGAAGGGUCACCCAGGUCUUAUUGGACUGAUCGGCCCCCCUGGGGAGCAGGGAGAGAAGGGCGACCGGGGACUUCCUGGCCCUCAGGGCUCCCCAGGACAGAAGGGAGAGACGGGUAUCCCAGGAGCAUCUGGCCCCAUCGGUCCUGGAGGGUCCCCUGGCCUCCCUGGACCUGCUGGCCCCAAAGGAGCCAAAGGAGCCUCAGGCCCAGCUGGACCCAAGGGAGAGAAGGGCGUCCAAGGCCCUCCAGGACACCCAGGCCCUCCGGGCGAGGUGAUCCAGCCACUGCCCAUCCAGAUGCCCAAGAAGACUCGGCGCUCAGUGGAUGGAAGCCGCCUGAUGCAAGAGGAUGAGGCCAUGCCGACUGGGGGGGCCCCAGGCAGUCCUAGGGGAUUGGAGGAGAUCUUUGGCUCACUUGACUCCCUGCGCGAUGAGAUCGAGCAGAUGAGGCGGCCAACGGGGACCCAGGACAGCCCCGCCCGGACCUGCCAGGACCUGAAGCUGUGCCACCCUGAGCUGCCUGAUGGAGAGUACUGGGUCGACCCCAACCAGGGCUGUGCUCGGGAUGCCUUCCGGGUUUUCUGCAACUUUACAGCAGGAGGGGAAACCUGUGUGACGCCCAGGGACGAUAUCACACAGUUCUCCUACGUGGACUCAGAGGGCUCCCCAGUAGGUGUGGUCCAGCUUACCUUCCUGCGGCUGCUCAGCGUCUCGGCCCAUCAGGACAUCUCCUACCCAUGCUCUGGGGGGGCCCAGGAUGGUCUCCUGAGACUCCGUGGGGCCAAUGAGGACGACCUGAGCCCAGAGACCAGCCCUUAUGUCAAGGAGUUCAGAGAUGGCUGUCAGACACAGCAAGGCCGGACCGUGCUGGAGGUGCGGACCCCUGUGCUGGAACAGCUGCCUGUGCUGGAUGCCUCCUUCUCAGACCUGGGGGCACCCCCGAGGCGGGGUGGGGUGCUGCUGGGGCCUGUCUGCUUCAUGGGCUAGGACCUUGUCUACCUGACCCUGCCUGUCGGAACCAGGCCCACCUGGAGUCCCGCAGUAUCAGCCACGUGCCACUUCCCAAGAGGGCCCCUGACCAUCUAGGAGGCCAUGGGCCAGGGCACUGAGAACCCCUCCAGGGGCAGCCCAGGGGAGGGGUGAAGUGGGAGUUGGGACACCCCAGGGGAGGGGUGGCCCCUGGGGCUCUUGGCCCUCCCACCUGGAGCCUGUGACCUGUCAGAGAGCUGAGACCCUUAUUUAAAACUCGCCUCCCAACCACCCCAAACAAGUGGAAGAGAAAGGACACUGUGUAUUUUGUAUUUAAAAUUAAUUAUUUUAAUUAUUUAAAGAGCGGAAAGUGAAAUAACAAAAAAGAUAGAGAAAUGCCAAUAAACAUCAGCGGAUGUUUGAGACAGGGCUGUCCAGGGGUGAGGCCCUGGCACCUCAUCCUUGCCUCAGGGCUUUCCUCAGUGACUUGUGUGGGGGUUUCUGGGGUGAACCCUGCCCCCCCAACACAGCACCUGUAGCACCCACUGUGAAUGUUGGAAUAUAUGGUCUCCUUUGCCUCAGGGCUCUGACUUUCUCUCCCCAGGGCGGGGCUCUCUCAUCUCUACUUACCAGGUGUUUGGUUCCUGGCCCAUGAACCUGUUGGCUUUUAGUUGGUCUGGGUCUGGCAGGACUGCCUGAGGCUUGUCCGGGCACUCUCCCAGGGAGGAAUGAAUGGUAAAGGGAGUGUUUGGGGUUUAUAUUCAGCUGGUUUUUGGAAUAAUUGAAAUUCUUCCAUGUGCACUGGUAAAUUACCAUGGCCCUGAGCCCCCAAGUAUCCCAUUGCCAUCCCGGACACCACAGCCCCUCCCCUGGUCACCCCCCAUCUUCCCUGAUCCUGCAAUUAAAGGGUUAAUGUCUGGCAUAUGGAUGGAGGGGACCUUCAGGACCCUGUCUAGCCCUAGGACCAGCGUCCAUUCUGACUGAUGGUUAAAUAAUGUGAUUGUCUCCUCCCAGGGUGUAUGUGUGUGGUGCUUGCGUUGACUUCUUUCAGCCCCUCAUUCCCCCACCUAGCACUCCUUCUUCCCAGCUGAGCUGUUACCAGGAAUGGGUGAUGACCCUACCCCCUGGAAGGCCUGUCCAGCUGGGUGUCAGGGCCCAGAGACUUUAUAAAACCUGGGUGGCAAGUACAGAAUCACAAACCCCGGUGUCAUGGGGUGGGGGCUCAGGGUCCCUCUGGCCCAGGGUUCUGUCUGACACCAGUGGGGGAUGGUUUCUGGUUGAGGGUGGGUGCCCUCCCUGAUUCUGCCUCAACCCUCUCCCACCUCAGACCUUUAGGGACAUCAAGGCUGGAAGGAGCCUUAGAUGGUAUAAACCCUGCAGAUGAGAAGACUGAGGCCCACUUCCAAGAUACCAUUUACCCGCACGUAAUCUCAUUUACU